CGUUCUGGAUCCAGAUUAGAAGACGGUGACAGGGCUCGCACUAACAACGGAGCACCGAGAGGAGGUAUUAACAGCCAUGGAGAUAAUUAAAGAACAAGUGAAGCGGUUCGGGUGGUUGUUCUACGUGAUGGACCCCCGCGAACACACUUACGAGAAAAUCGAAGAUGUUAAGGACUAUUAUGCGGAGGUUACUCCUCUAUUUUUUAUCACAAUAUUUUUAGAACAACUGAUCCGGUAUUACCAAAAGAAGCCGCUGUUUCGAGUCAACGACACCAUUUCAAAUGUAACUCAUGGCGUCCUCAUGCAAUUGUCAAAAAUACCUUUCAAGGGUGCUGAAGUCUUCGUUUAUGCUUGGAUCUACAAAAAUUACAGGCUGAUUGAGUUGGAUUGGGAUUCCCCGUGGACGUGGAUUCUCUGCUGGUUUGCGACAGAUUUCGGGUAUUAUUGGAUGCACAGAAUGAUACAUCAGGUGAAUAUCCUUUGGGCAAUUCAUGAAACACACCACACGCCAGAAGAUAUGCACUUUACGGCACCUAUGAGGAACCACAUUUUCCUGCUUCCUAUCCAUUGGUUGACAUAUUUACCAAUGGCGUUGGCUAUUCCUCCAACUACCUACUUAGUUCACUAUCAGAUCAGCAUCAUCUAUCAGUAUUGGCUCCAUUCUGAAAUCAUUUACAAACUUCCAGCACCGUUGGAAUACAUACUAAGUACGCCAAGUCACCACAGAGGUCACCAUGGGAGAAACAGACGGUACAUUGACAAAAACUUUGGUGGAUUCCUAAUCAUUUGGGACCGCAUUUUUGGAACUUUUGAAGAAGAAAAUGAAGACGACAAACCUCUGUAUGGACUUACAAAACAGAUGAAGUCCUUCAACCCGCUCAUUAUUCAGACGCAACAUUUUCACACUAUAUGGAAGAAAUUUUGGGAGUAUGAAAAAAUUGGAGACAAGUUAUCUGUCGUCUUCAAAGGUCCUGGUUGGGCUCCGGGUAAACCAUGGACUGGAAAUCUUGAAGAUAUACCGGAACCAGCUCCUUACUGGGAAAAGUACGAUCCACAAAUGCCGACUUGGUGCAAGAUUUAUGUUCUCCUACAUUUUGUAUUUUUUGUCCACAGUUAUAUGAGUUUUGUCAUGUUCAUGUCGCUUUUAUCAAAAACGGCGAUCACUGCAAUUGCAUCGUUCCUGUCUUUCACAUGUAUCACUUUUGGUUUCCUUCUGGAUAACAGCCGGUAUGGACCGCCAUUCGAGCUUUUGCGAUGCAUGAUCUUCUUUCUGGUGGACAGAAUCAUCUUCCUGGAGAUGUCUCGAUUUGGAUUGGCUCCCGUCAUCCACCUGUUAGCGAACAGAGUACUAUUUUCGGCUUCCAUCGUCAUGUGGUGCAGUUUGUUCGUCUACGACAGCUUGCGCAUCGUCGUCAAAGAAAAAUCCUUAUGAAAAGUCGCUCGAAAUAUCGAAAGAGCUUGUCAAGGUGCUCCGCACUGUGGUUUCUUCGGGCAUUUUAUCAAAAAGCUGUUCUCUCUCAUUUUACCAUUUUCGUGUUGAUACUAUCAUACGUAUAUUUAGUCAGACAUAGCCUACGAAAAACUUUUUAGUGAGUGAUGUUUUGACAAAGCCAAAAUUGGGAAUGAAUUUUCUUGGUGAUAUUUGUGUUUUUUUACAAAGGCAAAUUUACUUAGUUUUUUUGACUUUACUAAUUUUAAACGAAGUAAGUUUAAUUCAAAAUAUUGGCAUUCUUCCACUUCUGUUCAUAGUAUAAUUUAAAUAACUAAAUGUAAGAAAAUCGUGCUAAGAUACCGAUGCUUCAAUGGAAAUAUUUUUCGAUGUAAAAUAUCAAUAAAAUAUUGGCCACAAGAAUGGCCACAACAGAAAAACAAAUUCAUUAUGAAAAGGUUACAUUACAUGUACUGUCUCAAGAAAAAAGAAUGGAAUGGGCAAUAAGCAAAACAGCUUUGUUGUAAGAAAUUUUAAACUUGUUUCUUGAGAUAAGAAUCCAAAUCUUUAAAGCUUUGAUAUUAAUUUGUCAUUUCAGUUGUAUAUAUAUAAAUAUUUGUCAAUAAAGCUUCUUUAUGAUUUGGAGUUUUCUGUCCCUUAGAA